AUGGCGAUGUGGCUGUUCACCACAUUGACACUUCUAUCGUCCAGCGCUGGCACUUCACACGAAGCAUGGACCACUCGUUCGGAUAGGUCCCAAGCACCUCUCCUGGCAGAUACUGCGGAGAUCAAGACCAUCUCUGACGCUGGCAAUGGACCUCACAAAACGGCAUUCUACCCUAUCAUAGCGGCUCAGUACGAAGGAAAGCCAGUCAUGAAUCUUUUCGCCACGCGUGGCGAGGAGUACCACAGCAGAGAUAAUCGUUCGGUGGUUCACACAUACAGCAUGGCAACCUUAUCGCAUUUGGAAUUCAAAAUCGACCAUGUUUCGAGGUUGUUCAUACGGAUCCUCAGAGAGCGGUUUGCGGAAACGGGCCAUGUAGUAGACUUGGGUAAAUGGCUCCAGUGGUAUGCAUUCGAUGUCAUCAGAAACCUCACACUCUCCCGCACUUUCGGGUUUUUGGAGGAGCAACGCGAUGUCGACAACACGACCGCCGCCAUUUCGGGCUUCAUGGCAUACGCAUCCACCAUCAGUCAGAUUGCUUGGUUGCCUUUACUCCUGGUCUUGUUACCAGACAUUGAGAAAUUCAACCCAGCUGUCAUGUUUGCAGGAAAGGCACUGAAGGACGUCCAGGACCAAGAAUUUGAUACGGCUGAGGUAGGCCACGACGACUGCCUGACUCGUUUUCGAAAAGUGGCAAAGUCGGGCUCCCGUGGCGGGCUUCAAGGGGGGCCCUUUGGCGCCUCCGACGUCGUGAAUCACACCAGCUCCGACGUCCUUGCGGAAGGGAUACAACAGUCAUUGCAUUUCGGUCGAUCAUUCAUGGCCUAUGCACGAAUCCCGUGGCAUAUGCCAAAUUACAGAAAGAGAUUGACGAGCAUGAUACAAAAGACAAGCUAUCCUAUCCAGUCUCUGAAAUAG